AUGAUUCAUGCACAGAAAUACAUCAACACAAAAGAAGUGCAAGCACAACUGUGGUACGAGGAAGAGAGAUCAGACAAGAAGAGAGACACCGAGGAGCGGAAGUCAAAGAGAUCAGACUGGGACUGUAAGAGGCAGGACCACCGAUUUGAUCAUAAACUGCGGACACCUCCGCCGACCUAUUGGAACUUUAUGCCACUAAACACACUGCGGUCUGAGGUUCUGAUGCAAAUUCGUGACCACAGCUACGUCCGGUGGCCUGAAAUGAUGAAGACACAUGGGAACAAGAGGAAUCAUGACAAGUACUGUGAAUUCCAUAGGUACCCUAGCCAUGACAAGGAUAACUGCUUCGACCUAUGCAACCGCAUCGAGGACCUGAUCAGGCAUGGGUACCUUGGCGGGUUCGUUGACAAGAACGAGAAGCCUGUGCAGGAGGAAUGUGUAGAGAAUGCUCGACCACAACCCCGAGCCCCUCCUGCUAGUGUGAUCCACGUCAUAUCGGGAGGAAUCGCCGCAAGAGGGGAAAGUAGCUCAGGGUGCAAGAAAUAUGCACGUUUAUGCGAGAUUGACAACUGCGGGCACAAGAAGAAGUGUGGCCUAUCUAUCACCUUCACCGACAAUGAUCUCUGGGGAGUCCAAACCCCGCACGACGAUGCCUUGGUUAUCAUAGCCGAGGUUUCCAACUUUGAGAUACGGUUGAUUAUGGUUGAUAUAGGUAGCUCCGUUGAUGUGCUCUUCGAGGAUGUAUUUGAGAAGCUCGACAUAGACAAAAAUCACCUCACUUCCAUCAACACUCCCCUAAUGGGUUUAUCCGGAGAGUCCCUCUUGCCCACAGGAAGGAUAACCCUUCCCCUCUAG